GGCCGCGCGCUGGAAGUGGUGCCGCCGCCGCCCUCCCUGCCGCCCGCCCGCCUGCCCGCCCGCCGCCCGCGCGUCCGACGCGGGGGCCGCCGCCGUGUCUGCGUCCGCCAUGCGUCCCGGGGCGCCGGGGCCACUGUGGCCGCUGCCCUGGGGGGCCCUGGCGUGGGCCGUGGGCUUCGUUGGCUCUGUGGGCUCGGGGGACCCCGCGCCCGGUGGUGUCUGCUGGCUCCAGCAGGGCCGAGAGGCCACCUGCAGCCUGGUGCUGAGGACGGACGUGAGCCAGGCUGAGUGCUGUGCGUCUGGUAACAUCGACACCGCCUGGUCCAACUUCACGCACCCGGGGAACAAGAUCAGCCUCCUGGGCUUCCUGGGCCUCGUCCACUGCCUCCCCUGCAAAGAUUCGUGCGAGGGCGUGGAGUGCGGCCCAGGCAAGGCCUGCCGCAUGCUGGGGGGCCGUCCGCGCUGCGAGUGCGCGCCCGACUGCUCGGGGCUUCCAGCGCGCCUUCAGGUCUGCGGCUCGGACGGCGCCACCUACCGCGACGAGUGCGAAUUGCGCUCCGCGCGCUGCAGCGGCCACCCAGACCUGCGCGUCAUGUACCAGGGCCGCUGCCGCAAAUCGUGCGCGCACGUUGUGUGCCUGCGGCCGCAGUCAUGCGUGGUGGACCAGACCGGCAGCGCGCACUGCGUGGUGUGCCGCGCGGCGCCCUGCCCCGCGCCCUCCAGCCCCGGCCAGGAGCUCUGUGGCAACAACAACGUCACCUACAUGUCCUCGUGCCACCUCCGCCAGGCUACCUGCUUCCUGGGCCGCUCCAUCGGCGUGCGCCACCCGGGCAGUUGUGCAGGCACCCCCGAGCCGUUAGAUGCUGAGUCGGAGGAGGAGGAGGAGGAGGAGGAGGAGGAGAACUUUGUGUGAGCCUGAGGGACCGGCCUGGGCCUGGCGUUCAAGGCUUCCCCGUUUUAUUUAUUGCCACAGCAGAGUCUAAUUUAUGUCCCACGGACACUCCUCAGAGCCUGGACCGGGACCAUUUUGGGAGCCCUGUUGCCCCCCGACGAUAUCUUGGAAGGACUGGGGGAAGGAGGCCUGGGAGCAGGGCUGGUGGGUGGGGUGCCACCCCAGGCCUAGGUACCCUACUGCCGAGGAGGACCCCACGCUUCCGCUUCCUCGGGGAUAACUCUAUUAAUUGUUGCUGCCACGGAGAGGGUUGGGGAUUUCCUGCCAGCGAUUAAUGAAGAGGCACCCUGGCCUCUAUUGAUAGAACAGGGACCAGGGGGUGAGAGGGGAUCCACGGCCUGGGUGUGUAUAGAUGAGUCUCAGAACAUGCCCAGACCCCAGACAGGCCAAGGAAGCAACCAGUGUCCCCCACCAGCCCCAGGGUAACCAAGGGGCUUACCUUCCCUCUCCCUCCAGCUUCCAGUGUGUUCUGUGAAGGCCCCUGAGAAAAGCCCGGCUUGUCCCCAGGGACAGGGUGCCAUCUGGGCCUCUGGACACAGGACUUGGGCACGGAGAGGCCGUAUCUGCCCAGAACAGGGCACCAUGUCCAGUGGUGCCCAGUCCACUUAGGGUGGGACCUGCUGGGGUCCCUGCUCACCCACUGGCCCAGGAUGGAGUAUAGACACCAAGACCCACUGCACACCUGGCAUCCUGGAGCCGUGUGUCUGAGGGGCACCCCAGUGCCUGCUGCCCCGUGCACAGGUGAGGUCCAGACCCGGGACCCUCUGUCCCCCGCAUCCUGCCCUGGCCACGCCUCUAGGCCCAGUUCCCAGCUGAACCCUCCCUGCCUGCCAGCUGGGUUCCCUCCAUCUUCCUGGGCUGUUGCUCUUUGUCACCUCCCUGUGCCUGUGUGUAGACUGGAGGUUCAGACCAGGGUGGGGGCCCAGCGGGGCAGGAGCCCAGCUCCCCGAGUUUGGAGCGAGGAGCACAGGGCAGUGGUGCUCGUCCGUGUCCUUCCCAGCCUCCAGGAAGUGCCUUACCUGUGACACCUGGAAAAGUGUCCUUGAGCAGUGGGUUCGCCCGAGCCCCCGACAAGGCAACCUCCCCCGCCCUGGGGUCCUGCCUCGCCUGCCAAAGAAAUAAACACUGAAAAAGCCA